AUGGAGCGAGAUCGUCUCCUGGUGCGAGAGCGAGAGCGCGACCGUGACCGUGACCAUGACCAUGGCGCCAGCAAGAAGCACAAGUUGGGUGUCGUCUCGGGCGUUUACGUGCCCGUCUGCCUCAGCAUCCUCAGUAUCCUCAUGUUCCUCCGCUUUGGCCUCAUCCUCGGCCAGGUCGGCCUGUUGGGCAUGCUCGGACUGCUGGGACUGUCGUACCUCGUCGACUUUAUCACCACGCUCUCGCUGUCGGCCGUGGCCUCCAAUGGCGAGGUCAAGGGCGGCGGCACCUACUACCUGAUCUCGCGCUCGCUCGGACCCGAGUUUGGCGGUUCCAUCGGCCUGCUUUUCUACCUCUCGCAGGUGCUGAACACGGCCCUCAAUGUUGUCGGUCUGAUCGACUGCAUCUACCUCAGCUUCGGGCCCAGUCUGCCCCACGGCUACUGGGUCGGCUACCUCUCCCAGACGGCCGUCCUCGUCGGCUGCACGCUGCUGUGCUUCGCCGGCAGCGGCCUCUUUGCCAAGGCCAGCAACGGCCUCCUCGCCAUUCUCACUCUCGCUACUCUCAGCAUCCCCAUCUCGGCUCUCUUCCACGUCCCCUUUGCCGACCCUGUGCGCGGCAUCGAGUUUACUGGCCUCCGUCUGGCCACACUGCGGUCCAACCUGCUGCCUCACGCCGGCGACGGCCAUUCCUUUGCCGGCCUGACGACUUUCCGCGAAUUCUUCGGCAUCCUCUUCCCCGCCACCUCCGGCAUCUUCGCAGGCGCCUCCAUGUCUGGCGACCUGCGCAACCCCAGCAAGUCUAUCCCUGUCGGCACGCUCUGGGCCAUGCUAUCGACCUUUGUCGUCUACCUCCUUGUCAUCCUUUCCCUGGCCGCCAGCACCACCCAUGACUCCCUCCUCUUCCAGCCCAACAUCAUCCAGGAGACGAGCAUCUGGGCUCCCCUCAUCGUCGCCGGCGAGUGUGCCGUCACUUUCUUCUCUGCCCUCAUGGGUCUCAUCGCCGCCUCCAAGCUGAUGCAGGCCCUCGGCCGCGACAAGCUCUUGCCCGGCCUCGCCGUCUUCUCCUGGGGCACCAAGAAGACCGACGAGCCGCUGCUGGCCCUGAUGGUCACCUAUGCUAUCGCCCAGUUUGCGCUCUUUGCCGACCUCAACCAGAUCGCCACCUUCAUUUCUAUGGGCUACAUGGUCACCUUCUUCGUCAUGAACCUGGCCUGCUUCCUGCUCAAAAUCGGCUCCGCCCCCAAUUUCCGGCCUGCCUUCAAGUUCUUCAGCUGGCAGACUGCCUUUUUCGGGAGUCUCACGUCGGCCGGUGCCAUGUUUUUCAUCGACGCCACCUAUGCCACGUCUGCCGUUAUCCUGCUAGUCGUGCUUUUCCUGCUGAUCCAUUACCUGAGCCCGCCCAAACGCUGGGGUGACGUGUCGCAGAACCUGAUCUACCACCAGGUCCGCAAGUACCUGCUUCGUCUGAGGCCUGAGCAUAUCAAAUUCUGGCGCCCCCAGAUAAUCCUGCUGAUCAACAAUCCGCGGCGGCAGACCCGUCUCAUCCAGUUUUGCAACUCCAUGAAGAAGGGCUCGCUGUACAUUCUGGGCCACGCCAUUGUGACCGACGACUUUGACACCGGCGUUUAUGAGGCGAAGCUCCAGCAUGCCAUGUGGAACGAGUAUAUUAGCGAGUACUCGAGGAUCAAGGCCUUUGUCCAGCUGACCAUGUCGCCGUCUAUCACCUGGGGCGUGCGGAACCUGAUCCUGUCGAGCGGCCUCGGUGGCAUGCGCCCAAACAUUGCCGUGUUGGGCUUCUACAAUUUGGAUGAGCUAAGGGCUACGCAGCCCUUUGUGCCAAUGCCCUGGCUUCCCAUUCCGUCAUUUGGCGCGGCAACGGCCACCCCGAGCCCAGAUCCAGAGUCUCGUCCGGCAGCUGGAAAUGUUGGCGUGCCACGGCGGCGGCGGCGGGGAGACACUACAUCGCGGAUCCUCGAGGGAAUUCUCCCGACAGACGUAAUCAAGACCGAGGGCAUGAUGAAGGUGACCGAGUACGCGACCAUCCUGGAAGACCUGGCCCUUCGCCACCGUAUCAAUGUGGCCGUAGCCAAGGGCUUCCACACCCUGGAAACACCGCGACCUGACAGCAGCAAGACGAAAAAGUACAUUGAUCUGUGGCCCAUCCAGAUGUCAGCAGAGCUGGAAGCCGAUGGAAAGAGCGUGUUGACCACAAACUUUGACACAUACACCCUCAUUCUGCAGCUGGGCUACAUACUUCAUUCGGUUCCGGCCUGGAAGCAGGUGUACAACAUACGUGUCAUGGUGUUUGUCGAGUAUGAAAGCGAAGUGGACGAAGAGCGCGGCAGGUUGGAAGCGCUUCUCGAGAAGCUCCGAAUCAGCGCCGAAGUUCACGUCUUCUGGCUGGCAAGCGGUGAUCUCACGACCUACGAGACCAUCAUCCAUGGCCGCUCCUCCGACCCAUCGGCUGAACGGCUCGUGGACGCCGUGCUGAAAGACGAUCCGUGGUGGGACGACAUGAGACGGACACGUGGCAAGGCUUCUUCCAGCUCCCCUUCGGCGGCAGACGGCACGCCCAGCUGCCGAGACAAAGUCACGCCGCGGAUACGAAGGCCCAGCAUGGUACAUAUCGAGGAACUACAGAAGCACAGCACGGUCUCGACGCUGGCUCGGCUGGGUCUCAGCAUGGGUUACCGCACGCAAAACCUCGGCAGCAAAAUUAGCGCGCGUUCGGAAUACGGGGAUGUCAUCGAGGACAACAGCAGCACCAUGGACAUGGACCCAGGCAACGAUUCUUCGACAGACCAGAGCGACUUGGACCCGGACUUUAACGAUUCCGAGAGUGCUGCGAGCGAAGGCGAUCUGGACGCGACAGACGGAACGGGUGCAGCCCGCCGGAAGAGCCAUUGGGACACGAUCCUCCGGCGGUCGACUCUGCGGGGGAAGAAGAUGGACGAUAAGCGGAAGUCGCCAAUGUCCAACUCGUCCUCGGCAGACCAGACGCCGCCAUCAGUAACUCCACCCGGAAGGAACUACGGCACAAUGUCGACAACAUCUCUGUCGUCGGCAGAUGCCGCUGAUCUUUGGGCCCGGCGAACGCUUUCGUCCUCCAUGCGGUUCUCCAGCAGCCUUGUGCCAGAAACGAGAACUGCUAACCCAGGAGAAACCGGCCGGACGAUAAUGUUUGCAGAGACGGCAGGGCCAGGGCGAAUGGAAGACGCAACUCUGUCGCGGACCAAUUCUCGACAAAGCCGCGGGGGCCUCACAAACAAGUCAGGAGCAACAGCUGCAGGACCAUCGGUGACGUUCGUCGAGCCACAGCGAGACCAGAAAAAUGCACAGGCGCCUUUCCGACCGCACUUGCUGCGGCACUCGUCGACACCGAUUGUGCAGCUAAACAGCGGCGACGGGGCAGGUGACGACACGCAAAACUCAGCUGCAGAUGGCCCAAGCUCGGGAGAUGUGCGGAUCGGGAUCGCGGGUUUGCUCGCCGACUACAAGACGCGACAGCGCGUGGAUGGUGGAGAAGGCGGGAGCGGCGAAAACGGAAACGGCACAGAAAGCAGAGACAACGAUGGUGACAGCAUCAGCGGAAGCACCGGAUCGAGCUACGCGACACAGAGCUUGUCGUUGUCGUUCAACGACCUGCCACGGCGCGCACAGCACCUGAUCCUAAACGAGCUCAUGCGGCAGCAGAGCACUGGGGCUGGCGGGAAUGCAGGGGUCCUGUUCACGACGCUGCCGAUCCCCGACGAGGGAACGUGUCGCAGUGAGACGGCCAGCCUGCAGUAUCUGGCCGAUGUGGAACUGUUGUGCCAAGGCCUGCCGCCGGUAUUGAUGAUUCUAAGCAACAACAUGACGGUGACUCCAGGCUACGUGAGCGAGAGCCAUAUUUCGGCUGUCUUCCAGAGACUCUCAUUUCCCAUGAAGAACCCACUAAACCGACACAGUGAGACCGCCAACAACCCGUCUGCCGAAAAGGACAGCAGAGAAAGUGCCAGAGAGAACAGCAGCAGGGGAUUUCGCAACUUUGCCCAGCGCCUACGCAGCCCGACUUCGCCCAAGCCGACGGCAACAGUCUUCCAGCGGGUCCAUCAUCCAGACCGGCCGCCUGUGCCCGUUCUCUCGACUGACAUCCCGACCGAGGACGAGUGCCGGGUCUUGCUGAAGCAGACAGCGCGCAGUCCAGGCUUCAAGACGAUCAUCAAGCAGGAGCCAGAAGCAGAAGCAGCAGAAGGUGCAGCGAGCCGGAAGCGUGGUGGCUGGUCCACCAAGCAGGAAGAUGUCAGUAGGGGCAUCAAGAGCAACAGCACCAACAUCAGCAUCGGCACAGAGAUCGACACGGCCGCCGACGACGAAGAGUAG